GGAGUCCUUUAAAAAUGGCGUUUACCCUUGUGACAGUUACAAAACGUUUGGGGGUAAAAGCGAUUGAUUUUUCAAAACGACGGAUGCCGUAAAUAAUUCCGUUGGUUAACAACGUGUGCGAACAUGUGUGGGGUGCGUUUCCGGUCGAAGAGAGUACGGCAGGAAGCCUGAACGAACGCCAACGUUGAGGGAAACAAAAACCGCGAGAAAUUACCGGAAGUUUGCUUUUAAACUGUUCGUAGGAAGAGCAAAGGGGGCUUCCUCCUGUGGCAUUGAUAUGGUAACUAUGAACUCCAAUAAGUCUACUGCCAAGCGAAAAACGGAUUCCGGUUGUGCAAGAAGCAGUAAUGAAGAGACAUGUACUGGUUAUAAUACCGCUAAUACUGAGGAUUCACCCAAUAUUUUACUUUACAAAAAAAUGGAAAAAAUGGUUGAAAAAAUGCAAGAUGAAGUAACAGGAGUUCCAGUACGAACAGUGAAAAGCUUUAUGUCAAAAAUACCAUCAGUAUUUACAGGUUCUGAUCUUAUAAUGUGGAUGUUAAAAAAUUUGGAUGUUGAUGAUCAAACAGAAGCGUUACAUUUAGCACAUUUGGUAGCAUCUCAUGGUUAUUUUUUCCCCAUUGAUGAUCAUAUGUUAACAGUGAAGAAUGACAAUACAUUCUAUCGUUUUCAAACUCCUUAUUUUUGGCCCUCGAAUUGUUGGGAUCCGGAAAAUACGGAUUACGCGGUUUACUUAUGCAAAAGAACGAUGCAGAACAAAACGAGACUUGAACUGGCGGACUAUGAAGCUGAAAAUCUUGCUCGAUUACAAAAAAUGUUUUCGAGAAGAUGGGAAUUUAUUUUUAUGCAAGCUGAAGCUCAAAGUAAAGUUGAUAAAAAGAGAGAUAAACUUGAAAGAAAAGUUUUAGAUAGUCAGGAAAGAGCUUUUUGGGAUGUUCAUAGACCAAUGCCUGGUUGUGUAAAUACAACAGAAAUAGAUAUUAAAAAAGCCUGUCAAAUGAAUAAAUCGUUAGGUGGUAUUAGAAAUGUUCAUCUUGUAGCUUGCGAAGCAAAAAAUUCGCCUUCAACUUCCACAUUGGCAAGAAAAACAACAACAGAAAGUUUACAUAAACAAAUAUCAUUGAUUAAAUCGAGAUUAGACAGGCGAAAUAUAAAAGUUUCAAAGGUUGCAGAAGCGUUUAUAGCUUAUUUUGAACAGUAUUUAGAAUAUGACGCCUUUUUUGUUGCUCCCGAAUAUCCAAAUCCAUGGAUUUCUGAUAGUCCGGAUUUAUGGGAACAAGAAAAACAGGCAAAAGACAUAUCAGCUCGAAGAGUUAAGCGAUGGGCUUUUAGUUUAAAAGAGUUACUUCAAGAUCCACUUGGAAGAGAACAUUUCAUUAAGUUUUUGGAUAAAGAAUUUAGCGGCGAAAAUUUAAAGUUUUGGGAAGCUGUGCAAAUAUUAAAAACACUUCCGCAAAGCCAAAUUGAAAGCAAAGUUGCUGAAAUUUGGUCGGAAUUUUUAGCGCCAGACGCUAGUUGUCCUAUCAACGUCGAUUCACGUUCGUACGAAGUUACUAAAAAAAAUAUGGAGAACGCAAAUCGAUGGACUUUUGAUUGUGCUGCGUCUCAUGUGUAUCAUCUUAUGAAAAGUGACAGCUACUCAAGGUACCUGCGAUCAGAUAUGUAUAAGGAAUUUUUAAAUGGUUCCAAAAAAAAGACAUCAGUAAAGGGGAUUAGAUCGAUAGUAUCGUUUUCUGCAAGAAAAGAUACGAUAACUUAG